UUUCGUUUGAGCACUUCAGCGUCGCGAUCGGGUCUCGCAGCCACGAGAUACAGCAACCCGCCCACCAGCGCUCUUGAUGUGGGGCAUCUUAGCCCUUGUCGGGCUCCUGCUGCUAAGCAUGGGUCGGCAGAGAGUGGACCCCGUAGCCGCUGAAAAGGCGUGUGAAGCGGUACGCAGCGGUCGCAUGUCACAGAACGCCGCUGCAGCUGCCUUUGGGUUGGGUAGAAGCUCCCUCCAGCGGCGUCUGGAUGGUGAUUGCGCCAUGGACGCGAGGGUUGGCCCCGGGACUGUCAUGACCAAAGCAGAGGAGGACGCGGUGGAAGAUCUCCUGUUGUUGUACGCUGGUAGAAACUUCAUUCCUCUCACCACCGCAGACCUCACGGAACGCGGGAGACGGCUCUGCAACGACGGUCGGCCGAUCUCGUGGAAUAGUGGCAAGGGCCCGGGGAAGGACUGGCUCAAGGGCUUCCUCGGAAGGCACGAGGGCAUCAGCCAUCGGCUCGCCCGCAUCUACGAGUCUAACCGGGUGACCUCGUCAGAGGAUGAGCGUCUGCACAAGUUCUACGUUUUUUGGGCGGAGUUUCUCGGCGAGCACAGGCCUGCGGCCGACCACAUUUGCAACACGUACGAGUCAGAGGACCACUGCUGGAUGNGGAGACGGCUCUGCAACGACGGUCGGCCGAUCUCGUGGAAUAGUGGCAAGGGCCCGGGGAAGGACUGGCUCAAGGGCUUCCUCGGAAGGCACGAGGGCAUCAGCCAUCGGCUCGCCCGCAUCUACGAGUCUAACCGGGUGACCUCGUCAGAGGAUGAGCGUCUGCACAAGUUCUACGUUUUUUGGGCGGAGUUUCUCGGCGAGCACAGGCCUGCGGCCGACCACAUUUGGAACACGUACGAGUCAGAGGACCACUGCUGGAUGAACGCGCAAAUUGCUGUUGUGUACGCUGGGUGCUGCUCGGGGUCCUUGAUAUGUCGGCAGUAAAUACACACGCUGUUCGAAAAGAAUUUUCGCAUGGUGUUACACGAGCCGGUCGCCCCGGUGGUCUGGUUGGUAACCUCGAAACCUUCUGGAGGUCAGGUCAGGGGUUCCAAUCCCGGCGUAAGCGAGCUUUUCUUGCAAAGUGAGUUUUUCUCUCGCUUCCGCUGCUGGCCUAGUGGAUAGCGCUUGUUCGUGUGUACACAGAGGGAAGCGAGUGCUGAACUCUUCUCGCAGUAAAAAUCGAAGGCAAAGUACCGCAGGAGGGGAGGGUAGAGAGGGGCUCUUCUGUGUGACC